AUGAAUAGAAUAAGAAAUUCAUUGGUUUUAUCAAAACCUUUUAUAAAUCAAAGUUCAAAAUUGAUUCAUAAAUCAUUUUCCACUACAAGAUUUGUUAAUCAAACCACUACACAAGAAUCAUUAAAUACCACACAAACUACAUCAUCAUCAUCAGCAUCAAAUUCCAAAAUCAUAACAGAAGAAGAAGCUAGUAAAUCUGCAUUAUUAGUAUCAUUACAUAGAAGAUUAAAUUUACCAAAAGAAUUUAAAUUAUCAACUUUAGCAAGAUGUUUAACAUGUCGUUCAUCUCAAGGGAAAUUAAAUAAUUAUGGAUUAAAUAUUUUAGGUAAAAAUUUUUUAAGUUAUUAUGUUAGUGAGAAUUUAUUAGCUACAUAUCCAAGAUUACCAACAAUUAUUUUAAAUUCAGCUAUUGAUUCAUAUAUAUCAAAUGAAUCAUUAGCUUCUAUUGGUGAACAUUCUUGGGGUAUCGAAGUUGAUCAAACUCCAAUUUUACAAAAAUUUUUGAGAGAAGAACCAAUUGAAUAUAGUUAUGGUAAAUUAAGAUUUUUACCAGUUAAUCCAAAAACAAAUGAAAAAGGUGUUACUAAAAUAACUAAAAAUGCAGGUGAAAUAGAUCCAACUGUUGCUUAUUCAUUAUCUGUUAGAUCAAUUAUUGGUGCUUUAUAUGCUUCAACAAAAUCUGAAACUUUAACUAAAAAAUUUAUUUAUGAUCAUAUUUUAUCAAGAAAACUUGAUAUUUCUACAAUGUUUGAAUUCGAACAACCAACAAGAGAAUUAUCAAGAUUAUGUAAAAGAGAAGGAUUUGAAGUUCCAAUUGCAAGAUUAUUAGCUGAAAAUGGUAGAUUAACUAAAAAACCAGUUUUCGUUGUUGGAGUUUUCAGUGGUGAAAAUAAAUUAGGUGAAAGUUAUGGUUCAUCAUUAAAAGAAGCUAAAAUUAGAGCAAGUGUUGAUGCUUUGAAGAAAUGGUAUUUAUAUAAACCAUUAAACCCAAAAGUGCCGAGUGAUGAAGAUUAUCAACCAGGUUUAAUUGAUCAUGGAAUUGUUAUUGUUUAA